AUGGCAAUCAUAGCGGUGGAGGUAGUUGGGUCCGUCCUUCUGUCCGUACCUUUCCUCAUCAUACACCCUAAUCUGAAGCUGCUUUCAUCUAAAUUCCCUCUUUUACCAUUUUCUCCAAGUUCUAGUGUUUUAUUUUAUCAGAGGUUGAGCGAAAGGGAGAAAGAUGUUGGGGUUAUAAGGCGGAAAAUCGGUGCCGGAGGCUCUUCUCUACUGACUUCGGGACGGUCCUUUCAGUGGACUCGCCCUGCCGUGUCGGCAUGGAGAAGCUACUCAUCAGCGGCAAAAGAGAUGACAGUGAGAGAUGCUCUAAACUCUGCGCUCGAUGAGGAAAUGUCUGCUGAUCCUAAAGUAUUCUUGAUGGGGGAAGAGGUUGGGGAAUAUCAGGGUGCAUACAAGAUAUCCAAAGGGCUCCUGGAUAAGUAUGGUCCUGAGAGGGUUCUUGAUACACCAAUCACAGAGGCUGGGUUUACAGGGAUUGGAGUUGGUGCUGCUUACUAUGGGCUGCGACCUGUUGUAGAGUUUAUGACGUUUAACUUCUCUAUGCAGGCAAUUGACCACAUCAUUAAUUCUGCUGCAAAAUCAAACUAUAUGUCUGCUGGGCAGAUAUCUGUGCCUAUAGUUUUCAGAGGGCCUAAUGGUGCUGCUGCUGGUGUUGGUGCCCAGCACUCUCAAUGUUAUGCUGCGUGGUUUGCCACCUGCCCUGGGUUGAAAGUGUUGGCUCCUUACUCAUCUGAAGAUGCUCGUGGACUGCUAAAGGCUGCCAUACGAGAUCCCGAUCCUGUUGUUUUCCUUGAAAAUGAGUUGUUAUAUGGUGAGUCAUUCCCUGUUUCAGCCGAAGUUCUUGAUUCCAGUUUUUGUCUUCCAAUUGGGAAAGCUAAGAUUGAGAAAGCAGGAAAGGAUGUGACUAUUACGGCUUUUUCAAAAAUGGUGGGCUAUGCUCUCAAGGCAGCUGAGAUACUCACGAAGGAAGGUAUCAGUGCUGAGGUUAUAAAUUUACGCUCAAUUCGGCCACUAGAUAGAUCCACAAUCAAUGACUCUGUCAGAAAAACCAACAGACUGGUAACAGUUGAAGAAGGGUUUCCUCAGCAUGGUGUUGGAGCUGAAAUCUGCACCUCUAUUGUUGAGGAGAGCUUUGGUUAUCUUGAUGCACCAGUCGAGAGAAUUGCUGGGGCUGAUGUUCCUAUGCCUUACGCAGCUAAUCUUGAGAGAUUGGCUGUUCCACAGGUUGAAGACAUUGUUCGUGCUGCAAAGAGAGCAUGCUACAGAUCUAUGCCAUUGGCUGCAGCUGCCUAAUUCCUACCAGAUCCAUCCAGAAACUUUUCCUAAUCCAGGUUAUAUUUUAAUUGGCAGCUGCUUGUGUAGUACGAGUUUUGGGUUUUGAAGUUCUUACCUAUCAAAGAUGAGUUUCAAUGCCGAAUGACUUUAUUUCAGUUUAGAAAAAUUCUUCAGAAGAUGUAGAGAUUUGUACAUUUUUUCCACUUGAUCACAUGAGGGAGAAGCUGCUUGUUAAAAUUUAUAGUUUUUUCCUAUUCACUCUCUCAUCCCAUGGGGAACGAUGACUUGGAGGUGGGAAAAUGUAUGUGUCUCUGUUGUCAUUUGAUUUGGCAGUUAUGUGGAACCUAUUUACUUUUGAAAGCCAUAUUUCAAAAGUAUUUUAUUAAGAAUUUCUAUUCAGUGCA